AUGGAUGAAUUGAUUCAGGCUGAGAAGAAAAGAGGCAGCAAGAAAAACAAAAUCAUGGCUGUUGACUUCCACCGCAAACUAUCCAAUCAGGAGGCACACAUUCAUUGUUUGGAGGUUUUCACUGAUGCCAAGACACAGGAAAUGCACGGGAAGCAGGAUUUGCUGGGUAUGUCCUGAUUUGUGGGGGUUUAUAGCAUCAAGUGCAUUUAAAGGUGUGUGCUGAAAGUCCAGGAUUAUUAGUUUCACUUGUACAGGUACUGGUUGAAGGUAUGUUUUGAAAGCAUAGCGUAAUAGAGAAUAUAUAUUAAUUUUCAUUUAAGAUAUUAUUUAACAACUGAAAUAAUGGCUCAGAUCUGAGAGACUGUAUUCUCCCAUACAUGCCUGCCCAGGCCUUGAGAUAUGCGUAGGAGGCGCUUCUCUUGGCAAACCCUCACCGUGAUCAACUCCUGCCCAGAAACCUACGUCCCCACUGUGGAAGGAGGUGUGGAUCCAGAAUUGUCCUCCACAGUCACCUACGGACACACUGUUAAGACCGUGUUCAUGGAAGUCAAUCUUGCUUGGUUGUGAGUGAUCUCCAAAGAUUAAUCUCCUGUGAAAGUCAGAGGAGGAGCUAUUCGUUGACUUUCAACGGCUGACAAAUGCAACAAAAAAUUCAGUCUGACCUGAAAUAAAAGGUGGCUUCCUUCCACAGAUGCAUUUUGGGUCAGUGUGCACACAUGGCUGCUUUCAAAUAUUGUUCUUUUGGGGUUUUGAAAGCGCCUUUCAGUAGACCGGUUAUAAACCAUAUCUUAGAUUUUGUAACACAUUCCAUAUUGCUCCUUGCUGUGUAUGGGAACAGAGAGCACCUUCCCUGGGAACCUUGCUGAAUCAAAUAGGUGUGGGCCAGGUCAGUGGCUGGAUGGGGGACACGCCUUUGAGUUCCAUGUUGGAAUAAAGGCAUGUUAUAAAACGGAGGAAAGUGUCAGCGUGUAGCGUGAUUCCCAGAUGGUUGAUUGGGUUAAAUCCAUUCUAAAUUUCUGAUUCAUGAAAAUUGGCAGGCCUGAUUUUCUGUAUUAUGGGGAAUUCUGAAGAAACUUGGUUCAGAAAAAAAAAUAGUUAAAGCUUUUCACACUGGCAAACUCCCAGAUGUCAAUUCCUGGCUAUGUGUGCAGCUCCCCCAUGUGGUGAACCUUUGAACUGCAGGUGGCAGCUUCUCAGUGCCCUGGGCUGACCACCCACCCGGUUGGCCUCUGGUUUCUUCUGAACAGGAAGGUGUAAAACCAGUGAUGAGGCUUGUACACUAGGGCAACAGGGGCUCAGCCCUGCCAGCUGAAAUACCUAGCAAAAAAUGACACACCCCCACCCCCCAAAAAUCAAAACUAUACACUUUCUGCCACAUGUGUCAAGUCCGUCAUCCAUCCGUGGUGCCUCUUGGCCAAAAAAAGAAACAACUCUUUGGGGGCACAAGCUCCCAGAUGCCCCCUUCAGGCUGAGACUCAUAUGAAUGUAUCAUAUGACCCCACACGUGAAUCUCCCUGAAGACUUGAUGCGCAGCGGAGGCGCAGUCGCCAUGGUGGUGGUGCUGAGCUCUGUGCUCCCUUGCCAGGCCUUCUUCCUCUGCCCACUUGCUGGAUCCUGCUCGCCUUGGCCUGAUUCAAAAGCUCAGACGCCAACUGCCUUCCUGCACAGGCCAAGUCCAACCGUUCUUUUCGACAGUGUGGGCUACGCUCCUGGUAAAAGCACCAACCAGAACCGUCAUCCUAAGUGCCAACUUGCGAUGGGUUCCUCCCUUUUCCUGCACAAACCCUCUUCCUGCCGCCUCCCAGGAGCAGCUGCCACCAUGGGAACUUUCUCUUUCCUGUCUUCCCUGAGCAGAUCCUCUGGCUUGCUUCUGUCCUUUUGGGAAAGGGAAUGGAACCCAGUGGCAGAGGCGGCGCAAGGUGGGGGCAGUGGGGGCUGUGGGGGUGGUCCUCCCCGGGUGCCAUCCUGAUGGGAGGUGACAUUCUGUGUGCUGUGCACCCACAUGCUGUUGCCCCCGCGCGCCCAGCUGGAGGAGGCAGGCAGGCAGGCAGGGGAGAGAGAGGACAAGCCGGCACCACCAGCAAAGCGGCACAGCUCCCUCCCUUCCCCCGACGGCUUGGGGUAUGCUUGGGAGUCACGGGGGGGGGGGCGCCAUUGCCCCCGACAGCUCAGUCACUGGAAGCUGGGUGAAUGAGAGAGAGCCUUGUCUUUUUGGGGUAAAGGUUUCACAACCAAUUAGAAUAGGUGACAAUUUGCUUGGCCAUAUGGCUUUUGGGUUAUCCAAUUUUUUUACUGUCUCUUAACUGCACUUCUGUGCUGUUUCCCAUGUCCCCUCCAGCUAAUCUCUGCCCUGCUUGCUUCGUUUCUUUUAUGUUGCUGCUGCUGAUCAUUUCUGGGUGCAACUUUCCCUCCUGUCUGAGGGCAUUUACUCUUUGCACUUCGUGGGCUUUGCUUCUGAGCUGGAGUGCCUGAGACUAAGGAACACAGGCUGGAAUACCCUGUAUUCACUUGUAGGAUCGCCAAUCAGCGAAAAGCAUUCUUAGCUACAUGCAGAAGUGACGUUUAGCUGGAGUGCAGAAGCAGUCUAACGAUGCCCCAAAACCACAUGCAUUUUCCUUAUUUUCAACAGGAAACGUUUUGACAGCCCCGCGCUCCCAGGCUGCUGGAGGAAGCAGAGGCGUAGGAAGGGGGUGGGGGGCGGUCUGCCCCGGGUGCCAUCAUGGAGGGGGGUGACAAAUUAUCAAGGAACAAUUACUGCCCUACUAGGGCGGUUCAUACAAAACUCUUUUUUUGAAAAUACCUGCUCCAAAGGUCUUAUCUUACUACACUAGGGAUUAUAUAGCUAUAUAUGAAAUUUCAUGCAUAUCAGUUAAUAUCUUGACCCUCCUCCACAAAAAUAGCUGUUUACUUGAUCGUUUUCCUAUGCCAUGAAGGCUGACAUUUCAAUUCAGUGGAGCACUUACUGUUCCCAACCCUAACCCUGCAGAAAUCCAUCUAAGUAGACUUUAAUUUGAUUUUGACAUGUUUUUAUGAGGUAAUUUAAUUAUUGUUUGAUUUUAUACCAAUGUUAUGUAUCUGAAGUUAGCUGCCCUGAGCCCAACUUCAGCUAGGGAGAGUGGGAUAUAAAUAAAAGUUUAUUAUUAUUAUUAUUAUUAUUAUUAUUACUACUACUACUACUACUAUUUUAUACCAAUGUUAUGUAUCUGAAGUUAGCUGCCCUGAGCCCAACUUCAGCUAGGGAGAGUGGGAUAUAAAUAAAAGUUUAUUAUUAUUAUUAUUAUUGUUGUUAUUACUACUACUACUACUACUACUACUAUUCCUUUAUAAGAAAAUAUGAAAACAUAAAACCAUUUUUGCAGGCAAAAAAUAUAUCAAUCAAUGGGGGGGGUGACAAGAAAUUUUCUGCACUGGGUACCACCUGACCUUCCUACACCUCUGGGAGGGAGGGACUCAGAGAGGACGGGAAGGAGGCAGGUGAGCAAACAAGCGGAGCAGGGAGGGAAGGAGAGAAGCAAAAGCUCCCUCAACUCAGGACCCAAACCCUGGAACACACAGGAGGAGAGGUGGGGUGUGAGAACAAAGUUAGGGGGGGAAAGUUUUAAGUGUUUAUGCUCACUUGCAACUGUAUCUUAUUUUCCCUUCUUUUAAUAAUUUCAAUGGGGGGGUGACAAACAAUUUCCUCACCGGGUACCGCUUGAGCUUGCUACGCUUCUGUCCAGUGGCUUGGGCCUGUUCCCAAAUGAUCUGGGAUUUUGAAAAUAAAAGAUAGGAGGACCCAGUCUUGCUCCUUCCCCAGAGUAAAGGACAGGAGUGUGAAUGGCAAUGUUUGUGUGCAGGAAAGAAGUGUGUGAAUGUUUGCCAGCAUCAAGUGUGUGUGUGUGUGUGUGUGUGUGUGUGAGAGAGAGAGAGAGAGAGAGAGAGAGAGAGAGAGAUCGUGUGUACUCAUGGAGCCCCCCCCCAUAUGACUGGACUCUUGAUCUAAUGGAGGAAACGUCAGGAGUAUAGGCAGAUCCUCCUUCAACAGGUGGAACCAAAAAGAUGCUUGCAACACCAGGACAGGGACAGUGUUACAAUCAGCUUCCCCAUUAAUAGCAUGGGACCCCAUCGCAUGACAUAACAACUUGGGUAGUCUCCAGUUCUGAUUUCUGGACCCAAUCCAUUAUGGCACAGCUUGGAAGUAGCUAUUAAGACAGGGUUAUAGAAAACCUUCUGGGAUUCAAAAUCUUCUUGCACCGCAACAUUGCAAAGGAUCAUCUCCCUGCUACACAGAGUCAUUAGCUGCAAUGUUCAGAAUCUGCUCCCUGUUAACAUCCCCUCUUGAAUAUGGUGCUGACUGUCUGAGGACUGAACUAGAUUUGUCCACCCAUAAGCAACAAUUUCUCCUUAUAUUGUUAUAUUGGGCUGCGGGCUAGGGAUAGAAUAAUUUGUCAAUUUGUGUUCUCUGUUUCUCAUUUCUCCAAUCUUAAACUCGGUUCUCCACAUUUCUACAGAAAUUUGCAAAUUUCUUUUUCUUUUUUAAUUCCCAGGAAAACUCUCCAUCAUUUCAGGGUGGAUUUUGCCUAAUCAACACUUUUUGCAUGAUGUGCACAUUUCUGCAGGUAAAUUAUCCUAAAUAUAAAGCAUUUGGUAUGUUAUUUCUAACUAGUAAACUGAUCUUUCCUUCUAAUAUAUGCACUUUUGUUUUUGUUUUUUAAAAAACUGUUUGGCUGGAGAACUACAUCACAAAAUUUGGGUAAGUGUGGAUUUCAAAGGAUCCCUGUGCUCAGAGGCGGAUUUAGAGGAGCACAACUGGUUGACCUGAGAGGGUGCUGCAGGGGGCAGAAAAGCAAUGAUGAAUAAUAGAAGAUGAGCGCUGAAAUUUUAAAGCCCAAAGUCUGCCACUGUUGUACUUCGGUUCCCAUACUGCUUUUGAAAGUACAAAUUUGAUCAAUAUGCCUUUAAAUGCACACUGAAUCAAACUGAUUCCCCCAUCCCUAUCUCCUUGCCAAGAUCCUGACAAAAAUAAAAGGUGCAAUGUACACUCUAAAUUUAGGCUCCAUGGUAUCAAUGCAAGCCUAUUUUGCAAUGCACGUAGUAGCACUCUAAUCAGGUAGAGCAAUACUACUGGUGCCUGACUGGGACGACUGCCAGGCCAAUGUCACUAGAAAAGUCAUUUCCAUUGCUUCUAAAAGCAACAGAUUUUUUGUUCAACUCCUAGUCAGCAUUUGUAGAAAAGAGGAAAAGGUACAUUUAAUCCCCUAUUUCUGAAGCUACAAGUAACAAUUGCCACAAAUACCUUUCCCUAAUCUAGGGUGCUUACCAGUGUAUCUUCACAACAAUUGCCAAGGUAUCAUUUGACACCUCUGCAAAGCACAGACCUCCCUUUGAUAAUCCUGGGCUGAACUUCAACAUUUUCUUAAUAUUUUCUUUAAGGGGUGGCUGCCAAGAUUGCAAAAUCAGAAUGUGCUGAUGAGUCGCUAAGGAUGAUUUAGCAAAUUACUUCAGGUUUCACCACUUGCGCACCAGGCAGUUGAGCUCACUGGGGCAGCGCAUUCCUUUUAUACCAGAUGCAUUUUGUGCAUUAAACAGCAGACCAAGUGAUUCCAGAAUCAAUAUUUGCAUUUCCUGCACCAUAAUAUUGAAUGGAAAUAGUGCAUUAACCAGAAUGUCAAUUUGUUUUUUCAAAACCGUUCUCCUCUGCUCUCCACAUCACAUUAAUAGCAUAACUCACUGGAGACCAAAAAUAGUUUUACCAUGAUAUGUAAAUAUUCUGAUUGUCAUCAAUGCAAUUGUAAAAAAGAAACUACCCAGUUUUUUAAAAAUAUAUUGUUUGUAAUAUAUUGUCAUAACCACUAACAUAUUGGAGUUUGCUAAAUAAAUCAUUCAAGGGCUUCUGUCAGCUAAUGCCUGUGCCUGUUACUUGAGCAAAGAGGGAUACUGACAAGCAAAACACCUGGGAUGGUAUUCAACAAAGUUUUACUCAGGGAAGACCCACUGAAAUUAAUGGAUCUAAUUUAUUCAAGUACUCAAUGUCAAGUAAAAUUAAACUUGAUUUUUUUAAUGUGGUUGAAAUGUAGGCAAAAGUGGGGCAGGAGGGGUAGGGGAAAGGGAUUUGCAGCUUACAACUCUUGCUGGCCCUUUUCACUGCAAACACUGGGGGAGAAAAGGGUGGCGGUGGGGGGCAGUCCACCCUGGGUGUCAUCCCUGAGGGGGGGGGACAUCACCACAGGCGGUGCUCCCCUUGGGAUGCUUCCCCCACUGGCGCACUCCCCGGGGAGGCUCGCUGCCGCCCCCGCCCCCGGACGCUUGCCGCUGUCGCACCCCCGCAGCGGCUAGCUCCGCCCCCGUGGGCAGGGGCAGAGCAAGGGGUGCAGUGGGGGUGGUCCACCCCAGGUGUCACCACUGAGGGGGGUGACAAAAUGCCAGGCGGCACUCACCGUGGCACCUGUAGCGCACCCAAGCCACGUGUCUCUCCAGGCAGUGGCUUGGGCGUGCGCAGGCUCCCUCCUGCCCAAAUGGUCCGCCCACUGCCUCCCCCCCCCUCCCAGCUGUAGGGCGACUGAGUGGGAGGAGGCAGGCAGACUACUUUGAAUGGGAUCAGAGUUUACUGAUAGGCACCUGCAGGCACCUAGUACCUGCCCCCCCGUGGCUGCUGCUGCGGGGCAAGCGGAGAGGGGGGGAGCAGAGCAGGAGGCUCCUGGCUGGCUGCCUCUCCUCUCCCCCCCCCCCUUUGCUCCUUCAUUCACAGCUUGGGAGAGUGCAAGGGCUGCUGCUCCUGCUGGCCUGGCUAAAAUUAGCCACAGCAGCCGCCUGCCUGGCGAGCAACAGCCCUCUUAACUUGGGGGGCUCCUUUGCACAAGACCCAGCCCAGCUUUGGGGCUGCUGCUGCCACUACUGCUGAGCGAAAGAUGCACUGAGAUUGCAGGGCUUAGGCUGGAGUGGGGCAGGGAAGGAAGGAGGGGAGGGGCAGGGCCAGAUUGAUAUAUAGGCUAAGUAGGCUGAAGCCUAGGGCCUCUAAAUCUAGGGGGCCUCACCAGCCCACCCCACCCCCCAGCGGGCAGUCUCCCCCUCCCCAAAUUGCAAACCCAAGACUUCAUGCAAGGCCAGGGCAACUUGGGCCCAGCAACUAUGAGACUCAGGGCCAGCCAGUGGGGCCCAAUUUGACUUUUUUUUUUUUUGUGGGGCCCUAGUUCACAGCCAAAGUCUUCAGAAUCUUAGAGAUAUAAAUCCGUGUGCUAGGUCAUUUUCACAAGGUCAGCAAAGCAGACUUGUUACAGUGGUACCUCGGGUUACGUACUUAAAUUGUCCCGGAGGUCUGUUCUUAACCUGAAACUGUUCUUAACCUGAAGCACCACUUUAGCUAAUGGGGUCUCCCGCUGCCGCCGCGCUGCCAGAGCACGAUUUCUGUUCUCAUCCUGAAGGAAAGUUUUUAACCUGAAGCACUCUUUCUGGGUUAGCGAAGUCUGUAACCUGAAGCAAAUGUAACCUGAAGCGUAUGUAACCCGAGGUACCACUGUAUUGAGUUCUUGUGCAAGUUUGUAGAGUUCACUUCAGGAUUUUUUUAAGGAAAAUUAGAGAAGAUGUUGAUGAGCUUGAGAAACAAGCAAAAGCCACCUUGCCAAAUGUUAACUACAAAACAAGGAGACAAAGGGUGAGGGAACAGCAAAGAAAUGACAGAAGUGCGCAUGAUGCUUUAGAUGCACUUUCUUCAAGAGAGAAGUUUACAAUAAAAUCCUUUAUUCCUAUAUCCCUAUAUCAGAUGCACUUGAAGCCAAUUUAAAAAGAAGUACUGUGUACAGUGAUGUUGCACAAUUGUUUGCCAUUCUUGCUAAUUUGACAGCACCUAAGCAAGAAAUUCAGCAAGGUGUUGAACUGUUGAUGGAAGCAUACCCAGAAGAUAUUGAUCUGAAACUUCCUGAUGAAUUUUUGCACUUUCACCUGUACAUGAGACAAAGCCAUAGGCUUACAGCAGAGCACUCUCUGUCUCAUACAGACCUUUAUUAAAUUAUAUACAAGGGAAAAAAAUCAGAUGGCCUUUCCUACUGUGGAAGCAAUUUUGCGGCUAUUUCUUAGCUUUAUGGUCACUAACUGCUUGGGAUAGAGAAGCUUUUCAAGGCUCAAAAGAAUUAAAAAUGCAUUAAGGGCCACGAUGUCUCAAGAGAGGUUGUCCGCAGUGAGCAUUCUGUACAUUGAAAGUGACAAAUUUAGACAAACAAAUUUUGAUGAAGUUUUUUUGAUGUCCUUUACAGGAGAAAUUGUGAAUUGCAGAAUUGUAAAUACCCAUCAUCAUCAUCAUCAUCAUCCUUGGCUUCACUCAAUUUUGUUUAUAACACUCUUCCAUUUUCUUCUAGUUGUGGGAGUGGGGCUCACAAGUGGAGUAGCUUUGAGCCUCUCUUCAUCUAAAUCCGGCCCUGGGGAGGGGCAUCCCGAAACUUUUCCCACUAUGGGGGGGUGUGGCAAUCUCCCUCUCCUUGCCAUGCACCUCAGCCCCCCCCCCCCAAGAAAAGAUUAACGCCCAUUUAACCCAGCCAAGGGAAUUGUUUCAUUGUGGCAUUAAAAUUGUUCUUGCUGGCCUCUAGGCUUAAUGAGAAGGUUUUUAUGUAUUUGUCUUUUAAGCCGCGUUUCUGAAGCUACAAGCCAGGACAGUGGCGUAGCUUGGGGGGUGCAGGGGGGGCCGGCCGCACCGGGCGCAACAUCAGGGGGGCGCGCACUAAUCUAGCGGAAGAGACUCGAGUGCUAAAAUCCACGGGUUAGGGGGCGCAAAUUACUUGCCUUGCCCCGGGUGCUGACAACCCACGCUACGCCACUGAGCCAGGACACCCCCCAGGACUGACCGUUUGAUCUGACUGCUCUGAAACAAGCCGGAUGAGGAAACUGCUGGCUUCUCUAUUUCGGCGAGGCAGCAGCGGAGAGGAGAAACUGCAGACAUCGCCUGAGGAGGAGGAGGCUGGAAAAGGCGAGAAGCGAAGCCUCACGCAGAGCUGUUGCCCGAGGCUGGAACACGGAGGGAGCAAGGACACCCAAAGAAGCCGGGGAAGGGAGGUUGGGUGCGCGGCGGUGGACUCGCUCCCCCCCAGCCUGGAGGGAAGAAAGUCCGUUUUGCUGCUUCGUUCCUGUGCUUUAGGUAGGGCUGCCACCUUUCGCUGGGCAAAAUGCAGGGGGGUGUAAUUGGGGGGCUAAAAAUUCCUUGACCUGGUGCAGAAAUCACUUCAAAGAAAUCCAUUACAAUGAUCCAAUGGAAGCUCUCAGUCACUGCAUACAUUCCAGCAGCAAUAUUGAAAGGAAAUCCUCCCCACCUGCUGGAUUUCUGCCUGUCAGAAGGAUGAAUGACCUGGCCAAAAAGGGGGGGGAGGGAGGGACAGAGAGAGAGCAACAAAUUCUGCUUCUCUUCCUCACAGAGCUUUGCCUCCAAUAUCUUAACGGGAUUCGCGUAACCCCAGGACACCUUAGCAGGACACAUUUUUUUGGUCUUGGUAGGCAUGCCUAUAAAUUAAGGAAUACAGCCAACAGGUCUGCCAGCCAGCCAUGACUGACUGCAUGAGAGCCAACUCCUAGGGCCCAGGUCCCUUUGGUUCCCCCCAGAAAAUAUUUGAGGCCCCCCCCCCAGUUAAUGGGCAUUGCCAUUCAGAUAAUAAUGGUGUGUGCACAGUGCAUCUUGUGAUCAGUUUUGCAGGGUGGGGCUUCCUUGGGUCCAUGGGCGUAGCUGCCCCCCAUUAAGUAAAUAAAUAAAAAUCCUUAAUUGAGAUUCUGCCCUCCUAACAUAAAUCCUGACUGUGCCCACGCCUGCCUCCCCAAUAUUUUAUUCAAGUUGGCACCCCUGAUUGACUCUAGUUACCUGUGCUGUUCACUGCUGCUGCUGCUGCUGCUGCUAUUAUUAAUAAUAAUAAAUUUGUAUCCUGCCCUUCAUCCAAAGUUUACAGGGCAAUUCACAACAUAAAAAUGCAAAAUGAGAACACAAAAUGCAGAAUAAAACAAAGACAAAGACAAACCAAUGAUCUCUCCUCCCACAAACACAUUUAAAAGGCCGUAGAAUGUUAACCAGCCAAAGGGCUGGUUAUAGAGAAACAUUUUUGCCUGGCACCGAAAGAUGUAAGGAAGGAGCCAGGGGAGUCUCCCUUGGGAGAGCAUCCCACAAAUGGGAAACCACUGCAGAAAAGAAUUGCGGCCCAUCUUAUGCACAUCUGCUCGGGAAUAAGUCCCACUGAUCAUGAUGAGACUCGCAGGCGAGUAGGUUGCUGCUGUGCAGUCCUGCUUUUUAAAUAAAUGUUUUCUUUUUCAGAUAAUACAGAGCGUAGUGAAGUCACAAUAAAUAAAACCUCUCCUUCCGUAGUUUCAAGCACUACUACAGGUUCCACAUAAUAUCUGUACUGCAUGUAUGCCACUCCAGGUGCCGGAGCAGCUAGCUCCGCCACUGACUGCAACCCCUCACCUGCCACUUUUCCUAUUUGAUGGGGCAAACAGACACGUACUGCUGUCAAGCCAGGUGUCAUCAAUCCUGUAUUUGUACUUCUGGGUUGUUUUUUACUUUGGAUCUCUGUUCUGUUUCAGUUUGUUAGUUUUGGCCCUGCUCUCUAUCCAGGCAAGGCUAUCUUGAAUUCUCUUUUUGUUUUCUAAGCUGUUAGUUACACCACCCAGUUUGGUGUCAUCUCCAAAUCUGAUGAGUAUCCUCUCCACCCAAGUGAUUUAUAAAGGAGUUAAACCACACUGGACUCAAGAGAGAACCUUGCAGCACCCUUGCUUGUCACUUCUAUCCAGGUUGACAAGGAACCAUUGAUGGCCCCUGUCUGGGCACAGCCCAUCAGUCGGCUACAAAUCCACCUAACAGUAUCAUUCUCUGGCCCACAUUUUACCACUUUGCCAACAAAAAUACCGCACGAGACCUUACUGAAAAAGUCUUGCUGAAAACAAGUUUCAUAAAUUCAUAUUACCAUUAUAACCAAAAAACAUUAAUCAAGUCAUAAGAAAAUCAAUACUACCACUUCUGCUUAACCUUAUUAUUUUUUCCCCAAGUUUCUUGCUUCAUUUGGGUGAAUUUUUCUUAAGAACAGGACUGUUAUGAAUUUAGGUCCCAAGGUGGCAUGGACUGGCUAGAUGUAGCUGAGCGGUGGGAGGAAAACCCCAGGGGAAGAAAGCUCAGUGCCCGGGAACUGGUGGUAGGAUAGUGAUGAGAGGCCAGAGGUAGAAGGAGCAGACUGCGAGCAGGAGAUGUCAGAAGCAGAAGAGGUGACAGGCUUUAGUGAACAGGAAGAGGCUGUGGCAGAGCACAGUUCAGACUCUGAGGCAGAAGCGGGGCUGGAGACGAGUAGGCCUGGGAGACAGAGAGGCAGGCUGCUGAAGCCAGGGAGUCUUCCCCUCUUGCUGCGACCAACUGCCCUUGCCCCUGGUCUCCUAGAACAGGGGUAGGCAACCCACAGCAGCCCACGGGAGUUGUUUAACCGGCCUACGAGCUGCCCCCAAACCUAGCCGCCCACUCAGUGAGUUCUUGCGCGCUGCGCUAAACCAACGCACGCUCAAUGAGUCCUUGCACGUGGGCACUCACUUCCGCGGUGCCGGAAAUUGUGUCUGUGCAUGCUCAGAUGCUGAAAAUCGCGUCUGCGCAGACGCAGACACUGGAAAUCAUGUCUGUGCAGAUGCAGACACCAGAAAUUGCAGCCGUGCGAUCUCUCUCUUGCGCUGAUCCAGCCCAUGGAGGGAUCUCCGCUAGAGUGAACUGGCCCAGGCGAGGUAAACCUUGCUGACCCCUGUCCUAGAACAUGCGGAGAAAGCAAACAGGCAGAGCAAGUUGUGCACAGAUGCAGCUUGAGACUUUGUCGGAAAGACCCUGGAGAGUCCUAGUGGGAACUGGGGAGGCAGGGAUCUUCUGUACUCACAUCUGCUUCAUCAGGGUGAGACCUCUGGGCCAGAGUUUUACUUUAAACUGAGCCAUCCCCAGAGCGCCUUUCAAACAGAGGGCUCCUACAAAUAAAAGACAGUCUUCUCGAAAGUAAGACACACAGGCCCCUAGACCAGCACAGAUACUUUCUUCUGCAAAUUUUUUGACAGAAGGAAUUGGCCAGACAUGAAUGGUCAGCUGAGUUUCACACAGAUGUACUGACUGAGGAAUCCUAGGUGUGUUUACACAGAAGUAAGUCCCAUUAUAGUCAACAGGUCUGACUCCCUAGUAGGUGUUGUUAGGGUUGCAGCUUUAGUAGGUAAGACAGGUGGGAUUUAAUUUCAAAAGGGGUUUAAUUUUCCUUCCUCAAUUCUGGACAUGUUAAUACAAUAAACCACUGCUUUUUUAUAUUUAACCAUUUCUAGGUACAGAAACAAGGAAAAGCUUAAAGGGGAUUAUAGUGCUGUUACUAACUUACUGACAGGUAUUUAGCAUGGGCUUCUGAUUGGCCUAAAGCGACUCCCACACCCAUUGUGUUCCCACCACCACCACCCCCAAAAAAAGCUAGCUGUUGGGUAUAAAGGCACCCAGACUUUGUCACUGUGCACCGGCAGUUCUAGAGAGGAACUCAAGUUUGGUAAGAUUUUGUACUCAUUAAUUUUUUUAUGGGGAAGUAUGGAUGUAACGGGGAGUUGCAGGUGCUAAUUAGAUGUGUUGCAUUCUCUCUCUAUCUUUCUUUUAGCUCCAGCGUUCAACGAUCCAUUCCAAACAUCUGACAUGGAUUUCAAAAAUUCUUAUGCAGCUCUAGUUAAGGGCGUUCCUUCUUUUGACUUUAGUGGGGGGUUCCAGCCUUGUGAGCUUCUGCUUACAGGAGAUAAAGCUUUCCCUAUCCUUGUGAAUGCAAAUGGGGAAGUGCUAAUUGCUGCAUCCCAGUACGGGAAGGGGCGCAUGGUAGUUGUCUCCCAUGAAGAUGCCCUGAAAACUCCCCAGUUCUUGCCAUUCAUUAGAAAUGUUUUGCAGUGGCUCAAGCCCUCCGGGGCAUCGCAGGUGGGUGUCCAUGCAAGCUUGGAUUCCCUCUCUCAAAUGCUCCUCCGCGAUGGUGUGAAAGUGCAGGCAGGGGCAGCGCUGGGGUCUUCCCUGGGAGUCUACUGCACAGAUGCCUAUGAGGAGGUGCACGCAGAUGACCUUGUGCAGUUUGUGAAGAGUGGUGGGGGCCUGCUCAUCGCAGGGCAGGCCUGGCACUGGGCAAGUCAACAUGGCAUGAAGAACGUGCUGCUUGGGUUUCCUGGCAACCGGGUGGCGAGUGUGGCUGGUGUGUACUUCACUGGCAACGUGGGAGGCAAUGGGAUCUUCCCUGUGUCCGCACAAAUGCCGAGGAUUCCACUUAUCACCCAGUGAGUAAACCUCUUAUCUGCAUUUUUCAUUUUAAAAAACCCUGCAAGCCAAUUCCCAACAUUUCAUCCGUGUGUCUGUGCGCACACACAGAUGUAUACAUACAUACAUACAUACAUACAUAUGCAAAACUUGUCACCAAACACAGGUAAGAAUUGAAGUCUGCUUUGUGGUAGUGGUGGAGGCAAUGAAAAAAGCAAGACUUCCCUGGCACACAGGGCAGCCUCCCAUUUCAUCCAGCAGAGCUUUCUCCUGCUGGCCCUAAGAGGUGGUGUUAGGUGUCCAUCAAAGUCUCACUUACUGUGACUUGUUUGCUAGGCACUGAGGAUUAAAUUGCUCAUAAUAGUUGUGAUUCACAUAUUGCAGGGAGUUGGGAUUAUAUUAUUCUAUACUUGUAGAUACCAAGGUGCCUCUUUAUCUGCCGUGCAAGUGAGUUCUCCCAGGGGAGGGGUUGUCAAAAAAUAUUGGCUAAUGUGAACCAAUUUCAGGGCUUAAAAUGACCUGGGGGGAGUAGGAGUGCCCACAAAUUAUAGAUUUAAGCCUUUAGCUUAAAGGGGUGGGUACAAAAUGUUCCAGGGACAAAAUCCAGGUUGCCUUUCCUUCCUUCUGUUUCCCCCCUGCAGGGUUUUAAUUUCUCUUUAUUGGAUGUAGUUGAAUUAUGGGGUUCCCCUGCAUAUGAAGCAGUCAGAUGCUGCGCAGGGUCCUCCACAAAAGGUGGGCUUCCUCCCAUCCCAGUUGUUGCUGUUGCAGAGCCUUAAUGUUCUCUUCUGGGAUGUAACGGAGAAGCCAAGGGAUCUGGCAGUGCUGUGUGAGAAAAGAUUGCCAGGGAUGCAAAACUCUCUCUCACAAACCCCACCUUUGAGGUUCCCAGAGGUUUUCCCCCCUCCCAAAACCUACCUUGGGAGACAUGCGAAUAAAAGACAAGUUACAUACAAAUUAGCCAGGCCAGCUCACCUGCCAGCCCAUGUAAGGUGCUGGUGGUCAGGAUGAGCCCAAAAGAAUGAUUUUGAUAAUCACUGAAUCCAGGUUUCCUCUUGCAUCUUGCUGGCCACACAGCAAAAAGAGCCAAUCGUGCCAGUGGGGCGGACGCAUCUCUCAGUGGAAAAGGUCUGGCUCUUCUGGAACUGCCGCUGUAGAAGUCUAAGGAAUUUGCUAGGGAAAAUGUAAAGCAAUGAAUUCCAGCAGUAAAUUACAUAUAUAAAUCCUAGUGACAAAACUGCAAUUUGUUGUAUUUGAAAGUAUAUACUGUACGAGAAAUUGUAAGAAUCUCUUGAGAUCCUUCAGAAAGGACAAUAAGAUGCUGUUUUGCCAUAUAGUGUUAUCUCAUGAUAAGAAUUGAUAUUGCUUUUCUUCCAGGCAUGGAUUAGAUAUCCAAAGUGAUUUAACAGCUCUACUUAGUGGAGUGAAAGAAUUCAAGAUUCAGGAUGGUGUUCCAUCUGAGCUGCUAAUCCAUGGAACCUUGGCAUUUCCAGUUGCCAUAGAUGAUGCCAACCAGUCGUUUCUUGCAGCUGCUCGUUAUGGGAGGGGACGGGUUAUCGUAAGUGCUCAUGAAAACCUGUUUAGCACACCAUCCAUGAAACCUUUCGUCCUCAAUGCAAUCCGGUGGCUUAGUUCUGGGAAGGGAGGAAAGGUGGGUGUUGGAGAUUAUCUCCAGGACCUUUACUCCAUGCUAGAUCAAGCGAAGAUCACAUGUGAGCUAACAGACCUUAAAGAUGGCCUCAGUGUGUACUGCUGCACAGCCUACUAUGACACAGAGGUGGAAAAAAUCCAAGAGUUUGUCUCUGAAGGAGGUGGACUCCUGAUUGGCGGACAAGCCUGGUCAAGUGCUGAUGAAAAUACUGGUUCCAGUAUUAUUACUGAGUUUCCAGGAAACAAAAUACUGGAGAAAUUUGGAAUUGGGAUCCUUGGAAAUGACAUCAGCUCAUCUGAUGAAAUCUUCCCAGCUAGACCAGCCAGAGAAGUUGCUUUGGCCUAUCACUUCCGGAAAGCCUUCUUCCAAUUCCAGCAACACAUUGAGAACCGCCAGGCUCUGAAGUCACCAUAUUCCUCAUGGCUUAAGAAGCUAGGACAAGAUUUGGUUACACUGAUAAAGAUCCCAGCUGCUGAAUCCCCUACUAUAUUCUCUGUGCAUGAAGAUCUGAUGGAGCUGAUGAAGUCCAGGGGAAUUCCUGAGAUCAGUGCAAGCAACCCCAUCAAAUCCAGUUCAGAGGAGGCAUUUUUUAUCAAGCUGUCUUCAGAGCUCUACAACGUUUCCCCAGAAUUCCAGAAGCUGGCGCCCAGCCUGAAUCAACAGCUUGGAGCAACUUACCCUAUUUCCCCUCCUCAAACUAUCAGAAUAAAUGGAAAGAAUAAUGGUAAGAAGUAUUUUCGAUUUUUCACUCAGCUCGUUGUUUGAUCUGCUGGCUUUAGCUAUCUGAAUACAGUAUCUGACUUCCUGAGAAUUUGCCAUAAGCUGGGAAGGGCCUUGUUGAAAUAUUGUCUCAGCCAUAAAGUCAUAGUGACCCUGAGCAAGGCAAAACUCAGUUCAUUCCUCACCUACAAUAUGUGUGAAUAAUUACUGCUGAGCUGAAAGGUUAACACAACAAACUUUUGGAUUCAAAUAGGGGGUGCAAGGUGAACGGUGUUCUGAAAACCAUUUCUCAUUUGGCUCCUGAUUGUGGGACUUCCGGGAAUGACGUAACUGGAGCUUCAUGCUGCCGUCUAACAGGGAUGUUUUGUUUGUAUACUCAGGACCUCUCUUUACAACAAACCAUGGGCUAUUUAGAAUAUGUAAAUAUGCAGAUAUGUUCUCUGGGAAAGAUGGUAACUAACUGAAUUCUAAUAAAGUCCAGCUUCCUGAAGCUUUGUUCUGGGGAUAAGCCCCACCAAACCCAGAGAGAAUUACUUCUGAACAACGUUGGGGCCGUGCAGGAGCAGCACAGACGCCGUUUUGGAGAAAUGGUGGAAUCAGAGCCAAAGAAAUUGGCAUCCUCCUGUUGCUUACAAGACAUUCCAAGGAUUAUAUAGUAAAAUCUCUAGUUAACCUAUACAAAGUUUGAAGUCUUGGACUCAGUGGGAAAGUAUUUUUGAAAAGGAAAACUAACUAAACUUUUUAUUUGUACUGAACAACUUUUGACUGAUUUAUACUCUGUGUUUCAACUGCUUUGACCUCUUUGCAGGAAAUGAAGCAUGGAGAAGCACGGGCCUCUAUGUCCCCCCAAUGAAAACAGCCAGCUUGCUAUUUCCCUACAAUGCCAUCGGUGCUAAAUUACAGGUGCUAACCAACUUGCAAUAACUUCAGCUGAAUUGCAAACAACAGACUCUGUACUGUUUUUAGUAUAUGGCUCAGAUCUACUUUGGGGGCUGGCAUUUCUUGUGAAAUUAUUGUGUCACAAGAUACAAUAGGUACCUCUAGCAUGCUAUACCUUGCAUUCUUCCACUUUCUGUUUGUUGAACACAAUCAUUGAGAGCAUAGGAGCCAACUCCUAGGGGCUGAGAGGUCUUCGCCCCCCCCAUAAAAUAUUUAAGGGUGCCAGGCUUCCCCCAAGUUGAUAGGCAUUGCCAUACAAAUGGUGUGCAUGCUCCAAAUCAUGUGAUCGAUUAUGUGGGGCGGGGCCUUCCCUGAUUCCCCCCCCCCAAAAAAAAUAUUGGCACUCCUGAUUGAGAGGACUGACCCUGAUCUGUAAGACCUGGAAAUAAGGCUUACCUGGGAAUAAAUCCCAAUUAAACUCGCUGCUGAGUAGACAAUCAAUGUACUGCACGGAAAUGGGUUCUUUCUAUCUUUGGCUCUUUCUAACUUAGUAGCAACAAAUCAGUUUCAAGAUGGGAGUCAUGUCAAAGGGACACAGCAGACCAAAGAGUGUUUAAUGGCCCAUUGUCUUUCAUAGCAAAGUCUGAUUUGAAGCAUCAAACUUCCUUUCUCUAGGUGCAGAUUGGUUGUCAUUCGGAUGACUUAAGUGAUGCUGAGGAGCUGAAACGUGCUCCUGUAGUAACAAGGAGGUUUGAAGUUAAGGCUCAGAGCGUGGAAGUCUCCAGCCUGUGGGGUGGCCUCUUAUACAUCGUUGUGCCAGAGAAGUCAUCGGUGGGCCUGAUCUCUGUUACCAUCAAAGGAGCGGUCCAGGCACCUUAUUACAAACAUGGUAAGAAGGAAAGUACACACCUACGGGUUGUGCAGAAGUCUCAGUGGCACUUAUUUCUGAGUAGACUUGCAUAGAGAUGCCCUGGAAAUGUUCUUUGAACUAUAGGAAAUGGAUCUGAAUUCAAACGUAAGGGAAUUGGCAAGCUGGUAGGAGCCCCACUGCAUUCUGGGAGCUCCGCAGAGCACAGCAGGUGCACACAGUCCGAUGCUGCCAGUUUCUGGCCUGGUGCUGCUCAUAGAAAAACAAAUCUUGCAGCUACUGCCCCCUCUAGACUUUCCUACCUCUUUGGCCAUUCUUCUUAGAGGGAGAGAGAUAAAGUAAUAUGAUACAAUUUUUAAAAAGUACUUUUGAAUAUGUUCAGAGUGCCAUAGCCUCACUAUUGCACCAUUUCAGCCUGUCCCCCACCCCGCCCCACACAUUAAUCCUUAACAAACAGUGUGUGGGGCAGGCCUGGAGUGUGGGUUGGUUCUUCUGUUCCACCACCAAGCCACGUUCUCAUGUGCCACACCUGAUCAUGUGUGAUUGUUUUCACCUUUGUUGUAAUAUCUGAGCAAACUUUGUGCAACUCCUGUAACCAUAACGGAUCUCCAAAGGACCAGCUGCCAUGUCUAAAUUCUGUUGGUGUUGCUAAGAACUGCUUGUCUUUUUGCAGCCACUUAUGAACACUUUGCAGCUCCUCCUAUCAUUGCAAUGAACCUGACAUCCUUUGCUGCCUUCAGCCUGAAGUGCCACCUGGCCUGUACUUUGAAAGGAUGGUGGAAUCAGCUGAGGCACUCCAGGACUUGUGAAUCCCCUUCUUUCCAUGAAUGGAUGCAAAUACUGUUAAUGAGUGUUAUCUGUAAUUUCUUUUUUAGAGACUGGUUAUUUUUUUCUUUUAAAUGAACUUGCCUAAUUACUUGGUGUUAUCUGCAUAAUGGAAAAGUACGCAAUGUGUUUUUUCAAAAUAAACAUCUCCCUUUAAAAUAUUUCACUAGGUGAAACCAGCACAUCUGCCUGGCAGAACACUAUCCGCCACUUUCCUGCUCCCUGGGCUGAGCUAGAAACCACAAACGUUAUUUUGACAGUGCCAGCAGACAAUGUGCGGACUAUGGACAAUCCUGGGGUUCUUCUCACCAUCUGGGACAACAUGAUGAAGGCAGUGGCCAAGUUAGCAUCCGUCCCUGCUGUUUUUCCCAGACCAGAGAGAAUUGUGGCAGAUGUUCAAAUAUCAGUUGGCAAGUACAAUAUUUAAAAAUUCAUACAUAUGUGGCUGAAAGUGGCAUUUUGCACAAUGCAGCAGUUUUUAGACAAGUGCAACUCAUCCUAGAAAAGCAGUCCAGAGGGCACUGAUGUGCUGGAAACUUAAGCUAGCUAGUUAUUUAGCCAUUUCACUCUCCUGACUUACACCCUGAAGAUUUCUGGGAGUUGUAGUCUGAAGAGCCAGGCAUGCAUAAGAGGCAUUUGGCAUUCUACCAGACUCCCUUGGAUCUGUGCCACCUGUUUCACAUCCUAGGGCUUGGCAGUGAGCAAUCUACAUGUAUCGCCCUGUGAGAGUACAGUUAUAGCUUCCCUUAGGUCAAGGGUACGGGACUUAUUUGGAUCUACAAGUCAGAUCCUUAGUAAGAUUGGCCAGUUUUGGUGGGUGAGUGGAGCCACCUGUCAAAACACCAGCUGUCACAAAGAUGUCCACUAUUUUGAUGCUUUGAAGUCCCAAAGUUGGAGGGGGAAAUGGAGCGGAGGGAGAUACUCCCAAGCAGGAGUAUCAGUCCAGUCACCUUCCCAAUGACAAAGGAUUUGCAUUGAAACUGCUGCCAAAACCAGGGGCAUACUCCUCUAUUUCAGCAAGAGGGAGGAAAACCUUGAAUAACUGAAACCAUCAACUGACCUCAUACUCUCCAUCUCAGUGACAUCAGCUGAUUGACAGAUGAGUUGUUUUUUUUAAUGGUCUUGUGGGCCAAACUGGCUGGCCAAGAUUGUCCCACAGGCCAGGCAACUCCACACCACUGCCUUAGGUCCUCCUAGCCCAAAGGUCUUUCAUGUCAUUCUCCCUCAGACCACAUGGACCUUUGCCCUAAGGAAGCCUGUUUGCUAUAUGAACACCUCUUUUCACAAAAGCUGGUUUCCCACAAGCAUCUAGUUGACCACUGUGAGAACAAGCUGCUGGACUAGGUCUCUUCUGAUUUUCUUUAGUUGUCAACAUGUUCCGUUAUAAUGGGGCAUAGCCUGAGGCCAUAUGAUACAACUACCUUACUAAAACUAAGCAAGUUUGGAUUGGGUCAAGUGCUUUGGUAGGCAGGAGGCUAGGAACCAUGAUGGAAGAUAGAAGAGGAUUCAGUCUUCUGUCCUACUCUCAAAAGGCAAUGCACACAGGCUUAUGCACAAAUCCUAAACAUGGCUGGCUUGGUGCCUUAGCCAAUGCCUGCUUUGCCCCAACAACAUUUAAGCACAUCGAUCUGAGUAGUUUCCUCAUGUUUCCCAACAGACAACAUCACCUACCCAGAAAGCCAUUUGUGUUGCCAUGGUUUCCAAAGGAUGGCCCUCAACUGCAUGCUUAGACUAUGUUUUAUCUACAGCUGGUUCCUGGGCAUUCAGCUCCUAAGGGUCUAUUUUGUGUGUCUUUCUCCUCACUCACCGCUCCUUAGGUUGGAUGCAUGCUGGCUACCCAAUCAUGCUUCACUUGGUGUCAGUGCAGGAGAUGAUAGAUGUGCAGUCCAUACAUGCCAAUGGCCUAUGGGGCCCCAUUCAUGAGCUAGGGCACAACCAGCAGCAGGCCGGAUGGGAUUUUCCACCUCACACCACUGAAGCCACCUGCAAUCUAUGGUCUGUCUAUGUAAAUGAGACUGUCCUGAACACCCCAAGAGAAAGGGCCCAUGAGGAACUUCUGCCGGAGCUCAGAAAGAAAAGGAUUGAAAAUUACAUUAAAAAUGGCCAGCUAAAGGACUUUGAGCUGUUUACUGCACUGGAACCAUAUUUGCAGGUAAAAUGCAAUAAAAGUAUAUUAACAUUCCAUGCCUGGUUUCUGUGGGAAUCGAAGGCUGUGGCUAUGGGAGAAGCAAGAACCUCUUGGGCUGUUAAUGCUAUGACUGCCACCAUUGUAGGCUAAGGUUGUAUAUAUGUGUAAAUGAACCCUAUAUCAUAAAAACAGCACAGUCUCCGUUGUCCCUCAUUCUGAGGAAACAUGAACCUUGGGUAAGUGCCUGGAACCCUGGAAUCUUGCACCACUUGGGGUAGCAUGCAACAAAAUAUUAGACAAAAAGGGCAUUCUGAGCAUAACUUAUGGGUACCUCUUCCUUACUUUGUACACAGAAGCCAUUAUGAAGUACUUAAGAAAGGGACUGAAUACAAUUCUUUUUCCUGAUUUUCAGUUGCAGGAGGCAUUUGGAUGGGAGCCCUACAUGCGCAUUUUUGCCGAGUACCAAAAAUGA